AUUGAGGGGGCAUUUUAUCACAAACGCAUCAGUUGAUUGUGCAGUACAGCUCACGACACAGGCAGUGUAGUGAAUACGACCUCGCUGAUAGACAUGGGAGACGCCAAGGGCAUCGAGUACGUUGUUUUGGGGCGCGAGGCCUUCGAGGAGGUGGCCAAGCUGAUCAACGAUGAAUUUCUAACUCGAGAACCUCUUUCCAUGGGCUCCCGUUUGAGCGGCUCGGCAGCAGAGGGGGCCAUAGGCAGCGGGCUAAAGAAGUGCCUCGAUUCCGGAGUGACUAUCGGUGCCAAGGAUGCCAGCACAGGAGCCUUAGUCGGUGUCAGGUUAAGUUAUAUACAGACCAAAGGGGAUGAUGACUCGGAUAUUGAACCGACUAGUGAAUUCGAGAAGAGAGUACUUGGAAUCGUGAUUGAAGUGGGAUCCAAGGUGGACGUGUUUCAAGACCCUGGGGUAGAAAAGGUGCUGUAUAUGUACAUGCUGUCCGUGCGGCGAGAUUACGGCGGCCGCGGGAUUGGGAAGAAGCUGGUUCAGGUCACCAUGGAGCGUGGAAAGGACCUGGGCUGCCAGCUGGCGUUCACGACGAUCACCAACGUGCUCUCGGGCCGCAUCUUCGCCGGCCUGGGCUACGAGACCCGCUACACGCUGGACAUGUCCACGCCGGAGGGCGACAGGGGGAUGGACCUCGCGGCCAUGGACGGCAACAGGACGGUGCGCAUCAUGACAAAACGCUUGUAAUACGUACAUAAUUAAAGUGAAGAACAUCAA